CGAAAAUACGUACCAAACUCCGAGGAUCGUUCAGAGAGUGCUGAGAUGUUUCGCCACGAACGGGCGCAAGAGACGAAGAGAGAGAAUCAUCCAGGAGCUUUCGUCAAGUAAUUCAUCUCGGAAUGAUCGGAAACUGCCCCAGAUGGACGGAAUAUGCGAUGCAUUCCAAAGACUCCGAAGAGUGUUGCUCUCCUGACGCCGUUAUUCGACAUUACCUGAACGGCGAGUGCCAGAAGACCCGAAGAGGAGCCACAAGUAUUCGCGGUUGCGCAGAAGAGAUGCCGGAACGUCACAUCGAUUAAUCGAUCCCCGGCGUUGUUUGCAUCCUCUUCGGGAAGAACCCCCGAGUGUCAACGAUCCAGCUACCCCAGUUAAAAUGGAAUUUCUAAACGCAAGAAAGUACCGGUAAAACUACUUUAUUAACCGGCGAGAAGCAAGGAUCUUCCUCAUCUCGAUCGCUUUAAACUCGUGUCAUUCAAAAUUGGCUCCGAGGGAGGACGCUGAUUAUUUUCCAACGUUCAAAUUCUACAUGAAAUUUCCGAAAAUCGAGGAAGUCGAAGAAGAGCACGAAGAGAGUGAUGAAGUCGCAGGAGUCGUCGAAUUAUAUUGGAAGAUCAAAGGCAAGGUGCGAGUCCUUUUUGGGAAUUUUGUUGUCUCCUUGCUGUAGAGGCGAAAUUCAGGGUUGUGAGGAUGAAGACUAGUGUUUGAAAGUGGUUGAUGAACAAAUAAAUAAAAAAGUGACACGAUAAUGGGGUCCGUGUCGUUCUAACGAGGAUCCUGAAGUACUGGAUCCAAGAUGUCCUUCUUCGGAUGGGGCAAAGCCGGACGAGAAAGCGCAGACCAGCCAGGACGCAAUCUGCAGGAUGGGCUCUUUCAAAUCGCCUCUCAAGCCUGCCAUAUCCUCGUACAGGUGAACAACACGCACAACGUGUCGUAUGGUGGCAACAACCACGUGACGAACGUUGCUUAUUCCAAGUACCCCAAAGCCGGAAGUUCAAGUACCUUGUCACGGUCUUCCUCCACGGCUGGAGGGUCCUCUUCGAGCAAAAGCUUCGCGAAAAGCGCGGAUCCUCGCACCGAGGACCAGGACGUGGUGAUCCUGCUGCCGCAUGGGAAGAGCAGGACCCCUCGAGUUAGGCACAAAUUAUCGACCGUCUCCGAGAAUGCCAGGCUCGACGCGCACUCGUCGGUCGACGACGACCUGGAACUCUGGGAUCAGUCGGGUUUUAUGCUAAGAAAUGACGUGGACGACCCCCUAACAGGUGCCAAGUGGGGAGGCCAAGGAUGGUGCAGGCCGAGCUGUAUACCGAUCACCGUCAUCCUGAUCCUCAUCGUCCUGGUCGUCCUCCUGCCCCUCCUCGAUGCUGCUGACAAACAUGCCCUCAACUCGACGGACUCGAAUAAUAAACUUGGAAUUACUUGCAUGGACAGCUGUUCCAUUUCCUUGACCGAAUCGAUACCCCUUGGAAUGGCCUAUAACGUCUCCUCGACACAUCUCAGCACCUUCGAUUCCUGGAUGCAGCUGAUCGCUGCCGCAAGAAACACCGUCGAAAUUGCUUCCUUUUACUGGACCAUGAACAGGCAGGACGUUUAUCCGGACGAGAGCGCGAAGGAAGGAGAAGAAGUCUUUCGAGCUCUCCUGGAGGCCGGAAGAGACCGAGGGAUAUCCUUAAGGAUCGCCCAAAACGCACCUUCGCACUUGAGUCCCAACGUGGAUACAGAAUAUCUGGCCAAAAAGGCGAAAGCUCAGGUACAGAGCUUGAAUUUUGCCGGACUCCUCGGCGGGGGUGUUCUUCAUACAAAAUUCUGGCUGAUCGACAGGACACACGUCUACGUUGGCUCGGCAAACAUGGACUGGAGGUCCUUGACGCAAGUUAAGGAACUCGGCUUGGUUGCAUUUAAUUGUUCCUGCCUGGCGACCGACCUCGCCAAGAUUUUCGACGUUUACUGGAAACUUGGGGAAGAUGGCAAGGUGCCAUCUUCGUGGCCGGAAUCUCUCGGUACGAAAAUAAAUAUGGAUAACCCGAUGAACCUUACUUUGGAGGAUAAUAAAUACAGAAGCUUUAUCGCGAGCUCACCGCCGCCAUUUUCCCCGGAAGGUCGGACGAACGACUUGGACGCCAUUUUGCAUUGCAUCGAAAAGGCGGAGCAGUUCAUUUAUAUUUCCGUGAUGGACUAUUACCCUCUGGCGAUUUACACGCCUAAAGUCAAAUAUUGGCCCAUGAUCGACAACGCGUUGAGGGCUGCAGCGAUCGAACGCAAAGUCAACGUUCGACUUUUAAUUUCUUGGUGGAAACACUCGAGGUCUUCCGAAGAUUAUUUCCUGAAAUCUUUAGUAGAUCUUUCCAACAGUUACAGAGACGUGACGAUCGAAGUGAAGAGAUUUGUCGUUCCAACGUCGCCGGAAUUUGACAAAAUACCAUUCUCGCGAGUAAACCACAACAAGUACAUGGUCACGGAUAUACAUUCGUACAUCGGAACGAGCAAUUGGUCCGGUGACUAUUUUCUAAAUACCGCCGGCAUCGGUAUGGUGUUCGAAGACGUUGGCAGCAAAAAUCAAGACGGUAUCCGUCAGCAACUAGAAGGUAUCUUUCAUCGAGAUUGGGAUUCCUCGUAUGCUCAUCCUUUGAAUGCAUCUUGCUUGCAUGACGGAAGAUCAAGGCCCUCCAGGACGAGUCAUCCUCUUCUUAUGCACGUCCAUCGAGUGCUCGUAUAAAAAUAUCGGUCAGUACUUCCAAAUAAAUUUCGUUAAUUCUCGAGGCAUUUCGCCAAUACCGAUUAAAUAGUAAGCUUAACUGAUGAAAAUUCCCAUGUAAAUUUACAUACUCGAUCACUGAUUAUUUUGAUGCUACAAUAAAUUGCGGUAAAAUUGCAUUUAAUUUAAGUAAAAAUGCGCUAAUAUAUACUAUUAGGUGUAUUUAUACAUUUUAUAUUUUACUAUUUUUCCAUUUUACAUUCUUCUAUCUGAAACCUUAAUUCCGAAGUGUGCAAGCAUGUACGUAAAUUUCCGUCGAUUUUUAUCAGUUUAGACAACUCGCAAUAGCGCUUGAAACAAUUGUUUUGGACGAUAUUUAUACGUUUUUUAGUCUAUAAAACGGCAUAAUAUUUGGCGAUCCUCCAUCAUCUUAGUAUUAAGGCUUUAGAAUGACGAAGUUGCCUAGACAAGGCUUGAAAGUCUCCCAUGUAGGAUGUUAUAAAAAAAUUGAUAGGAUUUUAGAAAAUAAGUAGCGAAAUUUAUACUCCUUGCCCGGUAACAGGGUUAGUUAUAAUUGAAGCAUAAUUUCAUCUUAAUGUAAUCGUCUACUUUUGAGACAAGAUGGACGAGUGCGUGCCUUGUUUUAAGUGUCCUUAGAUAAAUACAUCUUUUUACAUGUUUGUAUGCCCUCCGAUCGUACAAACGGUACGCGGUAAGUGCAAAUUCGAACCGCGGAAAAUUAAGGAUCAACGCGAACUUUUAGCGGCUCGAUGUUAAUGUCGAAGCUUUUAACAAAUUUUAAUAACAGACUUAGCCAAAUCGUGCCGUAUAGAUAGCGCAGGGGUAUUUCUUUUCCUUCGGAAUGCUAACAGGAAACCGGUUAUUCAAAUAUUGACGCCAUAAUUUCUAAAGUUAGAGGGGUCUGUCAUUAAAGGUCAAUGUUCUCUCGUCGGUAAAAACUAGACACUCUUAAUGCACCCCGAGCAUGAGUUUGUUAAUAAUUAAUAUGAUUCAUGCGAAUUAUCAUAUUGCCGAGUAAGUACUUCAUGUUCGUUAGUUUCAACAAUUUCUCACAAGUCAAGGCCAUGCGUUGCUUUGAAUCGUAAUCAAUGUACACCAGACAAAUUACUGCGGCAUGACUUUCCCGAAACGUGCUGCCAUAUUUAAACAAGAGAAAAUAUCAAGUCUUUCAUGACGA